AUGUCAGGGAUCGGCCUCAGCAGACUUGCCCAGGAGAGGAAAGCUUGGAGAAAAGAUCACCCAUUUGGUUUUGUGGCUGUCCCAACAAAAAAUCCCAACGGCACAAUGAACCUCAUAAACUGGGUGUGCUCCAUUCCAGGAAAGAAAAGCACCCCUUGGGAAGGAGGCUUGUUUAAACUAUGGAUGCUCUUCAAAGAUGACUAUCCAUCCUCACCUCUGAAAUGCAAAUUUGAACCACUAUUAUGCCACCCAAACGUGUAUCCUUCUGGCACUGUAUGCCUGUCCAUCCUCAAGGAAGACAAGGACUGGAGGCCAGCCAUCACGAUUAAGCAGAUCUUAUUAGGAAUACAGAAACUUCUAAAUGAACCAAAAAUCCAAGAUCAAGCUCAAGCAGAGGCCUAUACAAUUUACUGA